CAGCCAGACUCGUUUGGCAUCUCAACUCAAUCACAACAGCAACAACAAUAACAACAACACUAACACACUCGGCAACAAAAUGGGAAAAUUUUCUGUGGCUUUUGCGGUUUUCGCUCUGUGCACAUUGGCAAUCUCAGAGGCGGCUGUUUACAUUGGCGGCGGAUGUUAUGACUGUAAUCCACCCAAUGGUCAAGGGCCUGGCAUCUACUCCAACGGCGGUGGCGGUGCUCCCGGUGGUGGCAGAGGAAACGCUGGUGGCGGCUAUUACAACUCUGGCGGUGGCGGUGGCGGUGGCGGCGGCGGACGUCCGGUUUACUCGGGAAAUUUUGGACCAAAUGGUUAUAGCGGAGGUGGCGGACGCGGCGGCGGUGGCUACAGUAACGGCGGUGGCGGUGGUGGCGGCGGCUACGAUGAUGGUCUAACGCAAAUCAUUAGCGGUUAAAAGCAGUUAAGUAAUCAUAAUGCAAAUGGCAUGCUUUUAGUUAGUUGUUCAGCUGCACUGUAAUAACAUUAAGCAUACGCAGUGUGAUCACAUCCAGCAUUUCAAACUUUUUCAAUUAAUAACAUACAAAAAUGCUUCAUGGCGUUCAUCAUGCGCAAAAUGAAAACAAAGUUUGUUUAAUAAAUUACAAUGACUGCAACGUAAAACAUAAAUGCAUAUAUAAUAAUGGUUUCCAUAGUUAUCGGUCAGAGUGAAGCUCAUUAACCCGUUUCGUAUUCGUAUUUAAAGACGCUUGUUACAUAAAGCCAGCUUAGAAUUUCCACACAUUGUUUGUUUACCGCCUUUCUGAAAAGGCAACCUUUCAAUUGCGCAGUGCAAAUUAAGUGAAUUAUUUGUUAAAUUCAAAUCGCAGUAAUAUAUUACCCAAGGCCAAGUAUUUUUUGUAUUAUUUUUAUAUUAUAUACCCUAAGUUGGCUUAGACAGAACAAAUGAUUUUAAGACGUGUGUAAAAGGCAAAUAAAGGCGUGGCAGAUCCCAUAAAAUAUAUA